UAGGAAAGAUUAAAAAAAAUGGCCCCUAAGGGUCGUAAGAAACGUAACAGUAAAGACUCAACUUCAAGUGUCACUGGCAGUGGAGAUGGUGGGGAAGAGAAAAAACCUAAAGAUAUCGCAGGAAGAAAGAAAACUUCAAAUACCAAAUCAUUCGGUUGCGAUAUAUUCAAUGACGCAGCUAUGGAAAAUGCUUACUAUGUGUGUCACAAUGUGCAGGAUGUGUUGAAAUCUCGUGGCUUUGCUUGGCCGGACGGUCAGAAGAAGAAGAAAAAAGGCAAACGUUAAAACAAUUCUUUUUUUCUUUUU